CUCUCCAUUGCUUAGCAAUAACAAACACCAACACCUUUCAAAAUGAAAUCGUUCAUCGUAUUCGCUCUGUUCGUGGCCGCGGCCGUCGCCGCCCCAGUCUCCCCCGACGGUGAUGCCCAGAUCCUGCGGUACGAUAGCGACAACAUUGGUGUUGAUGGAUUCAACUACGCUUACGAGACCUCCAACGGAAUCAAGGGUGAGGAAACCGGAGUGCUUCAAAACGUUGGAUCCGAAGACGAGGGCAUCGCAGUCCGUGGAGCUUACUCCUACGUCGGCGAUGAUGGUAAAACUUACCUCGUCACCUACAUCGCCGACAAGAACGGUUUCCAGCCCACCGGUGACCACAUUCCCCAAGCCUAAGCUAAAGUAAUCAGCCCCAACAUCUAGUCCAAAAAUACUCAUCACCCCCCAACCUAUCCCUAAUUAUUCCUCUGUUAAAUCCAUUUCUGUGAUACGAUUCCGAUUUUUGUAUAUUUUGUUAAUAAACUAUUACGUUUUAAUAAUUUAA